AUGACUGGUGCCGAGAAUUCUCAAGUGUUGCUCGAGCUUACAGACUACGCGAUUGUUAUGAUGUCUUUGACCGUGAUUGCUACUGUCCUUCUUCCUAUCUUCAAACCAGUGGUGAUUGCGAACAGUGCAAUCGGGAGAACUCCACUGAGUGGUGCCGUCGAUUCGAUCCUACUGCCACAGCAAUUCCAGGUCGGAGCUGCUACAAUGCUUUUGAAGACGACUGCCAAUGCCCUGAAGGGUUCAUUGCAGAUAACGUUUCUUGCGUGUUGGAUUGUCAUGAUGAUGAUCCAGACCAAUUUUGUCGCGAACAAGGUGGCCUCGGAGCAUUUGCCGUUGGUGUUGGAGUAUUUUCCACUGAAACCCUCGACUGCUGGACGGACUUUCAGCAACACUCGUUGUCAGGGUGAUUGCGAUGCUGACGAUGAUUGCGCGGAUGGGCUUGGAUGUUAUAUGAGAGAUGGCUUUGAGCCAGUGCCAGGCUGUGAAGGCGGGGAGGAGGAACCGUUGGCCUACGACUACUGCGUCGUCCCUCCAGUCUGA